CUCCUCAAGAACAUCCCCACAGCCAGCUUCGGGUUUGCAUCAUUGACUCUAUCAUAACCAAGUUCUGAGUGACAGUAGAAUUGGCCCAAUUUUUUUCUCAGCAGCCUUUGUUGUUAGUGACUCAAGGCAUCAGUCUCAUUACAAUGGCAGUGGUAAUAAUCUAUCUCUUUCAGUCUGGAAUCGCUCCAUUCUUUCAAAGUAGUAGUCCAGGCAUUCUUUCAUCUGAGGUACUCUAAUUCUACCCGUGAGCCUUUUCAUUCAGCCUUGCACACAAGGACUGUUGAGCGAGAUCCCGAGGCCUUCAUCCGGCAAGUUAUUUCACUCACCCAUGGCGAAAUCCACCCCAAGAAUAAAGAGUGCUAGUGCCCUACUCAUAUACAAGUAUCCCCAGUCAGCCUUCUCGUAUUCUUUGCUCCUACAACUUUCCACUCAACAAGCCAUCAGGAAAAAGCGGAAGGCACCGAACCAGUGACAGCCGCUCCAUCAAGCCACACAAGCUUCUUGCGAGGCUGUGGCGGAUAUCACGAUGCCUAAAGGGGCCAAAUCGAUCUUCUAGUUAUUGACGGCUAACAAGCCCCACGAGGCCCUCGCUACUCCGUACAGCUCACGAGAUUGAGUUAUGGCGGAGCAGCGACCUCCCCUCCGUCGCGUUCUUUUUUCGUGUGAGGCAUUCUCUCGGCCUCUCUAUAUCUGCGCCCUUUACACUUCACUCACUCCAUUGCGCGAGAUCCAUAACUUGCCGUCCUGGUUUCAUUUAUCAAAGGCGUUCCUUUCGCCAGGAUAAUAUGACUUCUCUCACACGGUCGAUGGCGACAUUGGUCACUCUGCCUAUCUUUCUGCCCAUCUUGGUCGCUGCUAUUCCAGCCGCGGAGCCGCUGAUCACUCCUCCUGCAAGUAUAGAAAAACGCGCCAAUGGCGCAAAUAUUAUCGGCUACUCCUUGAGCGGCACAAGCUGGAGGACGCGUAGCUGCAACAAUGGCUUUUUCUCGACCAUCGGAAGUAUUGGUAAUUGCUGUGUAGACAGCAGCUGUGACUUCAUAACCACUUGCAUCGGCAACUACAUCUACUACGACUCCGGGGUGUCAUCAAACUGCGGAAAUGUCUGCGGGACUGGAACCAUAUUCCACACAGUUGGGGACCAGUCGCCGUUGUCUAUGUUUAAUUGCCAGAGCGACUGGACAGUCACCGAGACAAUUACCAGUGGUGGUAACACAAGCCCGUCUAUUGUGACGACGACGGCGCCGGGCUCUACAGUCACUAUUCCUAACACAGUAAAUAAUGUACAGAGCACCGCUUCGGCAGCUGCAACUUCCUCUAUAGACACUGCUGCUACCAGCUCGAACCGCCAAGUUACCCUCACCGUAACUAACUCGGAUGGCAGCAAAGCCACAUCUGUAAGCGUGGCGGCAGCCGCUGCCUCGGGGACGUCUUCCACAAAUGCCAACACGAGCACUAAAAACACAAACUCGUCCUCACACUCCUCGGACACUGGGGCCAUCGUUGGUGGGGUCGUGGGUGGUAUCGCCGUCAUCGCCCUUAUUGCCGGUAUCGUCGCAUUCCUCCUGUGGAAGAGGAGAAGGAGCGAAGCUACUCCUGGCGCAGCUCCGACCGUCGCAGCCGCACCGAACGAGAUGCCACCAGGCUCUUACGCCCCGGCCAUGCAGGAGAACUCGGCAUGGCAGCAGCAAAAUAAUCAGUAUGGAUACACUCACGUGCCGCAACAACCUCCAUAUGCUACCCAGGAUUACAAGAUGCCUCUCGCUGGUGGCGGAUAUGCUAAUCCACCGUCCAAUGGUCCGCAGAUGAUGGCUGGUACACCAGCAAAUUAUGGGCCGCAGGAGCUGGCUGCCGCGCAAGUGCACGCACCUGUGGAAAUGCCAUCGCAGCCAUAUAGAGGAUAAAUCUGGAGUUGGCGGCCAUGCUUGUAAUCACAAUGUUCUUUCGUGUUGGCAACUAUGCAACGUUUUGCGCUGUAUAUCUGAGGAAUUUCACACUUCGAUAUCCCAUGGGGGAAUUUAUAGAUCUCUCACAGAUAGGACCCGGCCACACUCUGCGGCUCUUGGACCAGUCUAAUGGUUGUCAAAAUUAUGUUCAUAACUAAUCCAGCC